AAACUACACUUGGCAAAACCCAAUACGCAUUGUCUAGCAUUGCCCUUUAAUUUUCUCCUCUUUGAAAAACAAAUUAACAUGGCUCAAACAACCACCACCACGGCGGCGCCGCCGCCAACAGAUAGCCGGAAAAAAUCAGUGGAGAGGAGAAACGAAGAGCUGGAGAAAGAGCUGAAGAACAGCAUGGAAAGAGAGGCGGGUCUGAAACAAGAACUGCAGAGAGCGUGGGAGAGGCUGAUGGUGGCGGAGGAGGCGGAGGAGCAUCUCUGCAGCCAGCUGGGUGACCUGGAGGCGGAGGCGGCGGAUCAAGCAAGGGAAUACAGGGCCCAGAUUAUUAUCUUGAUGGAACAACUUUCUGUUGCGCAGAAGCUUCUCGGUCAAGAUCAUGCUUCCAUCAACACUACCACUAUUUCUCUCCCCACUCAAUUAUUCUGAUCUUUAUAUAUAUAUAUAUAUAUAGAUCACCAAAUCAUAUAAUCAUGUGUGAUUUAUAUAUAUAUGUACGUGUUACGUAUAUAUGUGAAAAUAUUUAUAUGUUUGGAAUUUUUAAUAAUUACCACAAGAUAUGUGUGUUUUGUGUUGUAUUUUUGUUUAAUUAGUAUUUGGUCCUUUUUGUUUGUGUUUUUUUUGUCCAUGAGGGUUUAAUAUCCUUUGGGAUUUUAGUAAUAAUGAUGGACCUGGUUGAUGUUGUGAUGAUAUUUUUGUUUGGAUUA